UCUCUGAGCAAACUUUGUGAAGAACCCCUUCUGAGACCUUUGCCCUCGGGAUGCCUUAGGUCUGAAAUGGAGGCACACAGCGCUGACACGAACCAGAAAUAAGCAGGAGAAAGACCUCUUUCGAGCGACACACCUGGGAAUUCAAGGAGGAAAAGAGGGGUUUGGGAAAGAGACCAGAAGACAACAGCCACACAAAGACUGAGAAGAGGACAUCUUGUGCUUUUAAGGGGUAUUCAUGCCUGUGAACUCCUGCCGUAAUAUUUGAAUCAUAAAUGUAAAAGAAUGGAAAAUCUUCCUCAUCCCUGUUCCACAUCACACGCAGGGGAGAAGCUGCAUAAGUGUGUGGAGUGUGGGAAAUGUUUCACGGGGAGAAGUUCUCUUAGCAAACACCAACGAACUCACACAGGAGAGAAGCCAUAUACGUGCAUGGAGUGUGGGAAGAGCUUCAGUCUGAAUGCAAGCCUGCAUCGCCAUCAAAGGCUCCACACAGGGGAGAAGCCCUAUACGUGCAUGAGAUGCGGAAAGAGCUUCAGCCACAGUGGAGCUCUGCAUUCCCACCUGAAGACCCACACGGGGGAGAAGCCGUAUCAAUGCACAGAAUGUGGAAAGAGCUUCAAUCACAGUGGAAAGCUGCUUUCCCAUCAAAGGAUCCACACAGGGGAGAAGCCAUAUCAGUGCAUGGAGUGUGGAAAGAGUUUCACUGAAAGUGGAGCUCUGCAUUCUCACCAAAGGACCCACACAGGAGAGAAGCCGUAUCAAUGCGUGGAAUGUGGAAAGAGUUUCAGUCUGAAUGGAAACCUGCACUCACACCUAAAGACCCACACAGGGGAGAAGCCCUAUCAGUGCUUGGAAUGUGGAAAAAGCUUCAGUGAGAGUGGCAAACUGUAUAUCCAUCAGAGGACCCACACAGGGGAGAAGCCAUUUCAGUGCAUGGAAUGUGGAAAGGGCUUCAGUCAGAGUGGAGAUCUGCGUUCCCAUCAAAGGACCCACACAGGGGAGAAGCCACACGAAUGCAUGGAAUGUGGAAAGAGGUUCUGUCGGAGUGGAGAUCUGCGUUCCCAUCAAAGGACCCACACAGGGGAGAAGCCACAUACGUGCAAGGAAUGUGGAAAGAGCUUCAGUCGGAGUGGAAGUCUGCGUUUGCACCAAAAGACCCACACAGGGGAGAAGCCCUUUCAGUGCAUGGAAUGCGGAAAGAGCUUCAGCCGGAGCGACAAACUGUAUACUCAUCACAAGACCCACACAGGGGAGAAGCCGUAUCAGUGCAUGGAAUGUGGAAAGAUCUUCAGUCACAGUGAAGAUUUGAAUUCCCAUCAAAGGACGCACACGGGAGAAGCCACAUGAAUGCAUGGAAUGAGGGAAAGGCUUCAGUCGGAGUGACAAACUGUGAUAUUUUUGUGUAUAUGUGAGGCAUUGCAUUUGGCAUUUAUUAUGUUGUAAACUGCUUUGAGUCCCCUCAGGGGUGAGAAAUGUGGUAUAGAAA